GCCAGCCAAAGGCAGACGCGCCAGGGUACCCUCCAAGCCGGAACAAGAGCUUCGGCAAGCGGCACUUCCGCGAUUGCUGCUUGGUCGACUCUCUGCGAGCCUUGGGCCAUAAAAUCUCUUACCCAGGAGAUGGCCCCUGGCGAAUCAGGGACGGUAUCGAGUGGCUGAGACCGUUGGGAAAGACCAUCAGGCCCUCGUCCAUCUCGGAGGUGCUUCACCAUCCCGGACACUUCAUCCUGGCGUUUGACUCGCACUUCAUGCCCGUGCGACACCAGAACGGACAUGGUUUGCAAAUUAAUUCCUCCUGGAAGACGCACCUGUGGUCGGAUCUUCACUUCUCUGCAGAAACAUCUGGUGCAGCAGUCCAGAUGCUGCGGGGCGGUCAAUUCGCGCUGAAUCCUUGCAAUCUCGAUGCUGUUUUUGCUGUCGUAGCCGAUGACCAUGUCCUGUUAGAAUCUGACGACUGGGAGGAACAGGAGCAGGACGCACCCGCGGCGCCUGAUACGUACAUCCACUGGAGCGAUGCAGAANNAGACCUUGAAGAUGCGGCCGACUAUGGUGGGGGAUCAGACAGCAAUGACAGUACAUUCUUGCCGCAGGAGAUUCUCGCUCGCCUGCCGCAGUACUUCUUCUCGCCCAGUUAUCUCAGAUCUCUGGCUACAUGUUGCAAAGCAUUGAGAAAACACGUGCUUCAGCCUGAAGUCUGGUACGAUAAGAACUUGUUCUUGAAUGACCAGGAGAUGCAGGACCCUGUGACUGUGCGACAAAUGGAACGUCUGUGGUCCGCGGCGCGAACUAUCACCUGCACUCAGACGCAGUUGGCAAGCAUGCGUCAGCUGCCCUUCAACGCCCGCAUCGAGUGGAGCACGGCCCCUGUCAGGCUGGAUGGAAGGAGGCACGCCAGCAUCGAGUCUACUCAUUGCCUUCUCGGAAGCGCUCGUCUUCUGCUCUGGCUGUCGGUUGACGUAAGUGUCGUUUACAUUGGCGUGAAGGCGCCGAACAGCGGCAGACGUAGCUUCGUGAAGAUCCAUGAUCUCUUCACGGAGCGUAUGGGUUUUUCUUUCGGCAUGGCUGGGCAGGCGCCAGAUCUUACGUCUCGACCCGUGCGGCCAAGUCAGCUCAACACCAAAGGUUGGAACGAGUUCAUGCUUCUUUGGAAUGAACGCUGCUUUUCGGUGCAUUUGAACAAGCAGCCCCUGGGUUUUGCCUACGUCCGUGCAGACCUGCCUGACGGACCUGCUCCGCAUUCUUCGUUGUUCGUCUGGGCGGAGCAACCGACCCAAACGCUGACGCGACAUGAUCUGAGAGUGAAUCCUUUGCCAUCGCCUGUCAUGACAACGCUACGCAUUCAGUGUGCUCUGUGUCUGGAGUUACAUCCGAUCACUACACCGCAAUGGCGUGUGUGUCCAGAGUGCUGCACCUGGAUCUGCGCUCGACAUGCCGAGGUAUCUCCCAGGAAUCACUGCCCCGGCUGCCCGCUGCAGCUGUCAGAUUACAUCGGUGGCAGCAACCAGAUGUCCGUUCAUUUGUGGAGAACUGCGAUAACACCUUACCGCCAUGCAGCUGAGUUCUUUUUGCAACGUGGCGAAGAACUCCAACCAGGUGAAGACAAGUUCGAGAAUGUCGUCCUACAGCUUCUGCGAGAGCAUCAAGAGUUCCUGCGAGAAGCGCCUCUGGCAGUGCGAUUUGUUCCGCAUCCACAAGCCAGGGAAGAUAUGAGCAAACGUGUGUGGGAGCGAGUCAUGUUUCGAGCCCGAGCCAUUCUUGAUUUUCUGACGCAGAAAAAGGAUGUGUUGCUUUUCCGAUUCUUGCACGCAGAAGCAGAGCACCUGGCUGACGCCAAGAGAAAUCCGCUCUUGCAUUUACAACACCCUUCGGAUGUCGACGGCCUGGAAGAUUGGCGCUCGUCCGCCAUGGAUUGCGCUUUACACCUUCAUACACUGUUGUUUGAAGAUCAAACGUCUCGAAGCUCUCGAGCAAAGGAAGUCGUUUCGGUGGUCAGGAAAGAAGUCGAGAAAGACUGGAAAGAUACGCCUGGGGGUUCUCUUGCAGCAGAUGAAGCUCUUGCUCGGAAGCAUGACAAAAACAGUCUUUCCUGGGAGUUGAGCUACAGUGGAGGCAUGCUACCGCCGGAAAUCCUGGACACGCUGCCCGGCUUCUUCUUCUCUUUCGCGUAUCUUCGGACGCUAGCAUGUGUUUCCCAGCAAAUGCGCCGAUGUGUUCGAGAUCGCGAGCAUUGGCGGAACAAUCGCAUUUUCUUGACGGAUAUCGAGUUCCAGGACGAACUCACCUUGCGCAGCAUGGUCUACUUUUACACAGCUGCCCGCUUGUGCCUGGUGGAUGUGCGACAACUCGCCAUGUUUCAUAUCUUUCCUGAGCGCAUGCUACUUGACUGGACGGCUUCUGCAGCAAGACGUGUUCCGCGUGGAGUGUCUGGUUUUACUUCAGACCGCCCACUCAUGGGAUUCGCAACAUUUGACUUGGUUCUUCCAAAUCAUGCUGUGGGCCUUUACAUGGGCGUGCAGGCGUGGCGAGGGACCAACAGAGCUUACUGCCGAGCGGACAACCUUUUCCGGGAAGAUAGCUCGAUCUCCUUUGCACUGAAUGACAUGGCUCCACAGCGUCUCUGCGGACGCGAACGCUGCCAGCUUCGCCCAGAGCAUUCCCACCGCGUGGAACUGCAGUGGGACCAGCGCACUUUCCGCCUUUCCAUUGACGGCGCAGGAAUCUCCGCGGCACUUCUUCCUCAAGACGCCGAAAAUGCUGUGUCGCCUUUGGCCAGGGUGUUCACUUGGAUUCACGUCAGACCUCGCCCUGAGAUGCAUUCUGCAAUUUUGCGACCUGUCCCAUCGCGAGUGCGGCUGGAUCCACUCAUCCACUGUGCUUUGUGCCACAGAGCCCACAGAGGUAUUUUGCUUCCACGAUGGGCAGUCUGUCCGUUCUGCGACUCCUGGAUUUGCAGGGUUCAUUGUGCCCAGACACCGACGCGGUUGUGUCCCCACUGUCCAAAUCAGCUCCUGGAUUACGUCGGCGGAAGUCAUGAUCAGAUCUUUGCAGACGCAGUCAGCUUCUUCCACACAAUCUCGCUGGAUGAGCAGGCAGAGAAGUUUUCUUACGUGGUCCGCGAGAUUGAAUACUGGCAAGAUAAGUUGGGAGGCUCUCUGGCAAAAAGCACGGUCACCCUGCCCACUCAUUCUCAGUGGUUCCGACUGAGCGAGCACAGGGCCAUUGCACUAAGGAAACGUCAGGAGCAGAGGGAUCCGCGAACGCGACUUGAAGCUGCCGAUGAGUUCACACAGGAGUGGAACACCGUGAAAUGUCAUUUGCUGGAACAGAUCCACGCGCACCCCAGAGACCAGCACAUUGAGUUCAUCCAGUCCACUCACACCUAUUUGGUGCAUGGGAAGGCCUUGCCGUUGUCUGUUACUGGGCUGGUGCAUCGUUUUGCACAGGAGUUCGAUGCAGAUUUGGCCAUUCAGAAAAUGAGAGGCAGUGUUCGGUGGCCCCGACCAGAGUAUUCCCGGGUCAUCGAUGGAUCGUUGGUUCCUCUUUCGAAUGAAGAAAUCAAAGAGAAGUGGGCUACAAAUUCGCAGGACGCAUCUUCCAGAGGGACAUGGAUGCACUUGCAGCUUGAAGUUUGCAUGAACGGCGGCUGUGCUGACGGAGAAUAUUGCGAGCUGGAUCUGUUUCGCCGCUUUCUCAGCCAAUUUCAAGUCCCCGCCAUUGCUUUCAGGACUGAAUGGUGCAUCUACUCAGAACAAGACCAGCUGGCGGGCUGCAUCGAUUUCGUUGCCAAGUGCUCAGCCACGGAGGUCAUCAUCUUCGACUGGAAGCGAACAAAGGAUCUGCGAUCCAAGUACCAGAACUCCUGGGCUUCCAUGAAAUCUCCGCUGGCGCACCUGCCUGACUGUUGUGGCAUUCACUACCGCUUGCAGCUGAAUGUGUACAAAUACAUGCUGGAAAAGUCUUACGAUCUCCGGGUCAAGGCCAUGCUGGUGGUUUGCCUCCAUCCGGACAACAAAGAAACCGGGCCCUUCAUCGACCAUGUUCCUGACAUGAGUACGGAGGUCGAGGCCGUUCUCCAAUCGCAUCGCCUCAGUCUUUCCAGACAGACAAAUGGCUGUGAGUGGCAAGAAGUGAGCGGCGGAUCGCUGUUAUCCGGCUCGCAAAGCUCCUUUGCUCGAAGAAUAGAGGAAGACUUAAAUCAAGCGUUGGAUGAAGAUCAAAUUCCUGUCCCAGAGCAGCCUGGGCCGGAUUCAAGUGCUUUGAUGGAGCAGGAUUCCGGAGCUCCUUUGAGUGCUCUUGUGCUAACUCAGGCGGCGGGUCCAGAUCUGGCUGCAGACGCCACACACACUGCAGCGAGGCAACGACGCUUCCUGCCUGGAGCACAGCACACUGCCGAUGCCUUUCGUUCCUUUUUCCAGAAAGCAGAGAGCGGUUUCAGGGAAUCAGUGCCAGAAAGGGCUUUGGUGGCGCAUGACCAACGAAAGCGAUCGAUCAAAGAUCGUUCAGCCUCACAGAAGGCUCACGUGCAAGCAAAAUUUCCGCAUUGGUCAGAAACGUUGGUUCGUCUUGCUGCAGGCGCCCUGGAAAUUUAUCGUUCGAGGUACACAGACGUCUUUGUUCGGGAUUUUGUGGCCUUGAUCUGGGUCAUGAUUGGCGAAGAAUAUCUACGCGCUCACAACGGAGUAUGUUUUCUCUACCACGACCACGGCGCCUUCGAGCCUUACACUGGCAUUCCACCGGAGUCCAUCUUCGCUCUAGUGAAAUCGUACCUACAGAGGUUGGAGGGCUUGUUUCGGUUGCUGCCUAGCACAAUACACCGGACCGAUGAGAGCUUGCUGGACAACAUCCAGGCCCUGUUGCAGCAGCGCAACACUGUUGAAGAGCUUUUCAACGAUUGCGCAGACGCAGCUGUGAUGUGUUUGGGCAACAGCAAACGAUCCGCUGGGCGACAAAAGAGACAGGCAGAAGACGCCGAGAAUGAGGAUGCUGUGCAGGAUGUGGGUUCUCACUCGUGGACCAUACACGUUGCGCAGCUGAUUGCGAAGAUCGUGGCACCUUUGCAGAGAGAUCUGUUGGAGGAAAGGAGGCUUCUACAAUAUGUGGCGCAUUGGUGCAACACUCCAUCGCAGCGGCAGCCCGGGUGCGCUUACGCUGAUUGCUGCGUAAAGUAUGAAGUCUCGGCGGAGGGAUCGACAGACAAAUUGGCAGCCGUCCUGCGUGGUCAUCAUACAGUCGAUGAAGAAGACGAAGACGAUCCUGUGCAGAAGACUAUGAAAACAAUUAUUGAUUGGGGCUUGGCUUGGGGCAAAUACUUAGUGUCUCCGACCUCUCCGCCCAACAACCAGAGCUUCACGAAGAAAUGGUGGGACAGGUUUGCGCCGUCGAAGCUGGGGCUUGGCAAGGAUGCGUGGGAUGAUUUACUCAAAAGGAAGCUCCUUCUGCCUGCUGACAGCAAAGAAGCACCGCAGGUUUGCAUUCCUUUCUUCAGAUGCAAAAAGGAAAUGUCCGAAGUGUGCAACCCUCGUCCAGUUCGCGACGAGCUAGUUUUACAGGAAAAAGUCAAUGCGGUGGCCUUAUGGAAUGCAAUCGAGAAGAAUGCCACUCGCGAGGCAGAGCUCUUAGAUACAGCAACAUUGCAAAGCAGCAAUUAUGCUAAGGUCACUUUCCAUCUGCUUGCACAUCUCUGCGAGAAGGUGAUAACAAGAUUGGAGAAAGGCAAAGGCAGGAAGAGUCAGGCGGUCGAGGAAAGUCUUGGGUGGUGGCGAUCUUUACAAGACAAGAUUGUGACCCAAGAAGAUGCCGCCAAGGCGCUCCUGGAGUACGUGGACCCGAUCUCUCCGAGUGCUGCAGCGGCUCCUGCGCUCAAGAGGCGUCGACGACGCAAGAGUGGCAUUCCAGAAGAGGUACAGUCGCAGCGACAAUUGCAAUCUGCUGGAGAAUGUCCGUUUGCAGGUCUGCCGCAACAUCAGCUGAAAAUUGAAUACGAGUACAAGAUGCCGGAGUUCAGAACGCGGAGAUACGCUGUGCAGCGUCACGCAGCACAAAACUUAAGCCAAGUUUUGCAGACUUCUGUCUUCGAUGAGACGGUCGAUCUGGACAUCGAAAACUGCAGCUUUGUCCUGAUGCACCAACUUCUUGUGAAGCUUGAACCACAGCAUCCCUUGUGGCCAAAGGCGAAGGAAGUCCUUCGCGAGUGUGCUCAAGAGCGCUCCACUCUGAUUGAACAGAAGUUGCGGAUGACUAUGUCUGAAGGCAAGCAGAUGAUGCAAAAGAUCUUCAACGGGGGCAAAAUUCCCGCUGGGUACGCUGAGAACCAGUUCUGUGUGGAUUUGCAGAAAACUUCUAUUGUUUGCCGGUGGAUAGCAGCCAGCGCCAUUCCAGAAGCGUACUCGCGACUUCUAAGCUGCAAGGAUCGUCCGGAUGUCUCGGCUCUGACAUAUCUAUGGAACGUUGUCGAAGACAAGAUUUUGGAUGCGUGGUUGGACAAAAUUAUGCCGUUGUCUCCAGAGCAUCUAUCUCUGCACUUCGAUGGUGUUCGAGUGGACAAGAAGAUCUUGGGAGCUGAUGUGAAUGCAUUCUGUGAGUCUUGCUCUACGCACAUCAAAGAGAAGACAGGCUUCCAGGUUUGCAUCCGGCCAAAGCAACAUCCGGAUGUGUUCCAUAUGCUGGACAACAUCGGUGAGCAUACUUCCGUGGAUUGCCCAGCUCCGCUUUUGGCCAUCGGCAAUUGUAUCCUGGCAGCCUUGUAUCAUCUAGGAUUCGGAGAACAGGCGCUGGCUAUGGAAGGCCGUCACGAGCAUCCACAUCACGUGUACUUUCAAAGAAGAAAGCAUCGCACCUAUGAACAGGUGUCCCAAGGUUGCGAUGUGCCGAUGUCGCCGCGGCUCUUCUUGGACGGAGCUGAGGCAGGCGCCAAAAUCUUGAUGCACAUCGUCAGAGACGGCAAGCCCCACUGUGUUGCCGUGGAGUUUGCAGGCGACGACAAGGUCCAUGUGAAGAACGGAUGCAUGGGUUUUACCUUGACGCGUGCCUCUUUCCAGACAAUUAUUGAUACGGCUACUUAUGUGAAGCCGCUGGUCUUCUUCUUCCUGGCAGAGUAUGGUGAGAAGAUUAACUCCCAACAUGCAUCAAGCGAGGAGCUAGCGUCCCUCCUGGAGAUGCAAGCCGCAGGUGACCUCGGAGACGACGGCUUGGAUCUCGUCAUCGAUGUCGACGACAAUCAUGACAUCUUGCCAAUCGAGGCAGACGAGGACGAGUCUGGGGCAGAAGAGGCAGAGGAGCACAUCACAAAGGUAGCCGAUGAAAUCCUAGCUGCCAUGAAGCUCGAGGUUGGGAACUGGGUGCGCAGCGCAGCCAAUCAUCAAAUCAAAGCCGAAGAAGGCGUGUUCAGAUGUCCUUUAUGCCCCUUUCGAUCCUGGCCGACGCAACAGUCCAAGACCAGAGUUACGAAGCACAUGCAGAAUCACCAUGUACAACGCAAGCAAUACGUGCCAAGUGGGACCAAGCAGCUCAAAGUCAUUAUUGCGCUGCACGACUGCGACCAAUGCCAACGUCGCGCUCGCCAACCCAAUUUCUUGAAGAGAAGCGCAGCAAUCUUGCGGUCCACUGUUUCGCCACCUUUGUCUUCGAAAGAUAUGAACAUCGACAGGCACAUUCGUCUCGUCCUUACAGGGCAAGGACCACAAUACUGGAACGCGGAAACAGUUUUCAAAAGUUCGUGGAGGCGAGUGCGGAACAUGUACUACACGCAUGAGUUCGCGCAAAUGUUGUUCCAGGAUAUUCUUACGUGCGAUGCAAAGGUUUAUGCUUUGCACGCGCGCAUGACUGCACGCUUCCCAGGGGAGGUUUGCAGCCUACUGCCACGCCACUCCAGACAUUGGUGGCCGCUCAUUGAGGACGUUUUCUCUUCUGGAACGGUGCAAGGCAUCUCGGCGCAGCUCUCAAAGGAACUCCUGGACCAUGAAGAGAUGCAGGCAAUCAGCAUCGAUGCAACCCUUCGAUGCUGUUUGCCAAUCCUGGGACAGGUGCAUCCCCGUGCAAGAAAGGAGCUGAAGGACAAUGCUGUGUUUGUGCUGACGUGCCGAGGACGCACCAAUGCUGUGCUCCUCAUGGAUGCCAUUUCUGGAGACGACAGUGAUCAGGUGGUGAAGAGCCUGACCACGAAUCUAUCCGCUGCCGCCUUGGCCCAGGUCCAAUUCGUCAGCGUGGACAAUCCUUCUUAUAAAUACUGGCAGGCCCUGCGGAGAGUGUGUCCAAAUCUGCAGGUCAUGACGCUGGAUCCCACUCACCUGGCGAUGACGUUCGAGUACGCCUCCAGCAGGAAGAGAACUCCAGGCUCCAAAGCCCUUCGGGCUGUCUUGCACAAGCUUUCUGCAGUAGAUUUCUCUGCAGAUGCAAGAUCCUGGGGGCUUGUGCAUACUGGAGCCAACUCAAGACCUUUGACGGCGGAAGAAAGAAAGGUUCGAAACCAAAUCGAGGACCGAUCAAUGCGCAAAGCAGAUGCCGAGAAGAUCCUCAACUCGCUGGAGGUGGACAAGCCCUUCUACUUGCGAUUGGAGUGGAUCCAAGCCCUGGCUGCUAUCGCAUCAGUGCAUCGUGAUGAGCUAAACAAGAUAGCGCCUGGGCCGAACAGAAAGCUGUACCAGCUUCUUUUCUCCGCCGGUGAUCACUCCAGGGCAGAGUGGUAUCUGAACAACUGUCGCAUGCGACACAUGCUCCAGCCGUCGCGAGUGGCUCUCUUACCGUCGGGCACAACCUCCAACGAAUCUCUCCACCACGAGAUCAAUGCAUGGUUUCGGGAGACACAGAAGAUGCACCAAUCCACACUCAAAUUGAAGCUGUCCAUCAUGCACCUGGCCAAAAACAUAGUCCACAAUAACGCUCUCUACUGGCCAACCACCCGACAAGUGCCUCAAGCAGAGUUAUUGGCCAGGUCCACCUCCGUCACUAUCUGGAAGCGGGCAGAAUGGGAGUCCUGGUGCAGCGAGCUCACCGAUGUCAAGAAGCCGUGCAAAGCGAAGUUGCCUUUGCACGAAAAACGAAAAGAAGAAGCGCAUCUGGUUCGCAAGCGCCCGAUGAAAAAGCCCAGCUCCGGUGUCAAACGAAAGCGCACGCCGCUGACACUGAAGCGGCAGGACUCCCUGCGAAGAGCCGGAGUCCGGCGCCCGUGCAGCGGGUGA